GUGGUACUUGUGGGACCAUUUGAACACCAUUCAAAUCUUCUCCCCUGGAAGGAAUUAGGUGCUGAGGUAUGAAAAUGUAUUUUGAAAUACUUUAAUGUCAAUUUUAAAUCCACUUUAAGUGGUUCUAAACCUUUUAUUAAUGGUAGGUUAUCUGGAUCAAGCAAGAUGCAAAAGGGUUAGUUGACCUCACAGAUUUGGAGUUU